AUGGGUUCUUCAGCUACUGAACAACGUAAGCUGCUCAAGCAGCUAAUGGGCAGGGACCCUAACAAAAUUCAAAAUAGGCCCAGUUACGGUUACAAACGGAGAGACCUCGGACUAUACGAUCCAAAGAUCUGUAAAUCGUACCUGGUUGGUGAAUGUCCCUACGAUUUGUUUCAAGGAACUAAGCAGAGUAUGGGUAGAUGUCCACAAAUCCAUUUAGCUAAACACAAGUUGCAAUAUGAGAGGGAGAGAAAACGCGGUAAACAAUUCCCAGAAUUCGAACAAGAGUACUAUGCUAUCUUACACAAGUUCAUUUACGAUUGUAAUGGCCAAGUUGCUAUAGCACUAAAGAAAUUGGAACAUACUCCAGAGGAACGCGCUAGGAUUCAAGAAGUGACUUCAGAACUAGAUGUCUUGGACAGUAGAAUUGGACUCAUGAUUCAGGAGAUAGAAUCUCUGAUUAGAGCUAACGAAGUGUCACAAGCUAUGAUUCAAGCCAGAAAUUUACAGGAAUUACAAUCCAAGAGGGUAGAAGUGGGUAAGAAAGUAAAAAACAUGACGGAAAAUGUUGGCCAGAGUGCUCAACAGAAACUUCAAGUCUGUGAAGUAUGUGGUGCAUAUCUUUCGAGAUUGGAUACCGAUAGAAGAUUAGCGGAUCAUUUCAUGGGUAAAAUUCAUUUAGGAUACGUCAAAAUGAGAAGUGAAUUGGACUCAAUGGAUCAACGAUUGAAGAACUCAUAA